AUGCAUCUUAGACAAGCACCAAUUGUCCUCGGUCCAGGCAUGACACCUCGCGAACAAGCAGCCGACGCCGUCCUUCGAUUUGUCCAGGCUCUAGAUCAAGGAGACGAGGACCUCAUCCGCUCAGCUUUCACGAAAGACGGCGUGCUCGACAUCUCCGGCUUGAGCCGCGCCUCUGGCAAAAGCCAUCCCCCGCAGGAAGGCAUUGACAAUAUCGUCAACGGGGUUCUUGCGCACGUGGGAUCGAUGUGCUCAUCUCACCACCUCAGUAACUUCCGUGUCAAGUUGAACGAGACUGCCGAUCACGCUGAGGUGCACUGUUAUGCGCUGGCGCAGCAUUUCCGACAAGGCGAAGGACAUGACCCGAGUCAGAGGGACUAUGUGCUGUAUGGAAGUACAUACUGGGCCGAUGUUGUUAAGGAGGGCGAUGGCGAAGGGGAGAUGUGGAGAAUGAGGUGCGUUUCACCCUAUAUGCCCUGGCGCUGAAGCCUGCAGGAUAUCGCGCCGGGAGCUAGUCUUGGCGACUGCUACCAUUGAUUGGGUGCGGGCUAACAAUUUUCACAUGUACAGGCGAAUCGAAGUCGAAAACAUCUGGUCCGAGGGCGUACGUAGUGUCGUGGAUUGA